GUGUAAAUGUCAAAAUGUUAAAUAUGGCUGCUGUGUAUUCGUCAUGUUUAGUGUCGUAUUUUACAUGAAUUUUAUAAAUAAAAGGCAAUAUGAGUACGAUUAAUAGUUAAUGUGGAAUAAUAAAUACGUUUUCUAAUAAAGAGUAACUGUUGGAAUAGUUGAUAAGUGUCAGAAAUAAACAUGUCUACAGACAAGGCUACGGAAUUAAAAGGCAACGAGAUCGAUAAAAGCAAACGUCGUCAUAAAACUGACGACACUGUUAUUGCGACAGCGGCAACGAACGUCGUUGAAGAUACAAUGCCAUUCGUAAAGAUGGAGAACGUGGACGAAAGCGCGGGCAAGCCUACAGACCUGUGUCUUCAAGGCAACACUCACUUGAUUUCUAGUACGACGAGUAGUUUGGCCGAUACGCCCGGUGAUUCUGGUGUUUUGUGUUUAGAUAGUGAGGCUUCCGAGGCUACGAGCCAAGCGCUUAUGUCACACAGUCUUAUAGGGGCCGAGGAAUUAGCGUGUGACAGUGUUUACGACGCUCCGCCGUCAUGCUCUCAGGACAUGAUCAGGAGCACCACUAGCAGCAUUAUGACUCGCAGUGACAUCGACAACCAAAACAUUGGAGUGCCAGAGGACAUUGUACCAGAACUCAUAGUCGAGACACACAAGAAACCCUAUGAAAACUUGCCAGAUUUAGUUUUGAAAGCUUUAGAAAGUGAGAAAGGCGCUGAAGAUAUUAGAAAGCCUGCUUUGAGGAGUGAACCUAAGAAAUCUUUGUCUGAAGACAUUGUGUAUAGAAGGAGGUGUCGAAAAAAGUCACAAAGUGGGCCAAGUUCUCAGAAGAAGAGAGUGUCAUUCCAUGAAGAUAUAUUAAAUAACACUAAAACUGAUAAUAUUCACAUUGAAAGAGGUUUUAUAUCAUAUGGACCUGAUAGUUCAUACUGUGAUAGGUUUAGACAAAAGAAUAACAUUGUGACAGACAGGUUCUCCUGGUGUGCAUCAGGAGAUAGAACACCAAAGUAUGCAGCUGAUGUGGUUCAACAGACCAUGUCUGAUAUCCUUACCUAUGGAGACUCAAAAAAUGAUAGAAGUGGUAUUUUUGAAUACUGUCAGAACUUUGAUCAAGAAAAUCAGGACAAUAACAAUGAUAAAGACAACAAUAAUGAGCCUAGACCCAAUGGCAAACUAUAUGGAUGUGACUCAAACAGUUCUGAUUCUAAUUUCAGCUGUGACUCUGAGACAUCCUCCAGUGAUUCAUCCUCAUCUCAUUCAAAUAAAACUGAAACAAUGUUACACAGAAAAUGUGACAAAGCUCAGAAGUCCUAUUCCUGUGAUGCAUUUGAAAAUAAUGGACAUGUAGCAUUUAUGAGAAAAACAUACUUUUCUGAAGCUGACAUUGAUAAGUCCACUGAUCGGAUGACAAUGCCUUUAGAAGUUUCACAAAGCCCUAACACAGUUAAAUCUGUAUUAAAAAAGAAACGCUAUAUCACCACUAGCAUUGUUGAAGAAAGGAAAAAACACAACAAAGUAUUAAACUUACUGGAUGCUAACAAUAUCAUUGAUUCACUGAAGAACUUUUACAAAAACUUUAAUUUCAAUUUUGCACCUGAAAAAGGUUUACCAGAAAAUAGUUUGGAAUUAAAUAAUGUUGUUGAAGCAUUACCAUGUGAUGUUAAUCAAAAUAAAAAGUUAUCCAAAAGUUUAGACUCAGGAUUCCAAAUUGAAGAUGAAGAUGAUUUUGUUGAAAUAAACUUGAAUGGUCAACCUUUAGAGGCUGAGAAACCAAAAGAAAUAGCCACUCCAUCGAAAACAACUAUUGCUGGUGACAGGACUCCUAAAGAAGGAUCUCCACGGCAUAAACUAACACUGAAUAUGAAAGCACAACUUGAUAAGAAACCCAACAAAGCUGAACUACCAUCACUCAGCAAAUAUGUUGUAAACUGUGAAAGUACUGUCUAUGAACACAAAGGAGUGUCUUACAGCUAUGUCCAUGAUACAUUCCAAACUGCUUUUGAUGCACCCAAAGAAACAUUUGUUCCCAUACCUGAGUCCACACCAGUGAAAGAGCUAGUCACCAGCACAAGUAAAGUAGACCUAAACAAAACUGUGGAUACUGACUCAUCUAGUAGAACUUCCACCCCUAAGAGACAAUUCAACAAAAAUGUCCAAGACGAGACUGAACACAAAAACGGCAUUUCCAAGCAUUUGUCUUCUCCUAAAAAGCAGAACGUUAACAGAUACAGUCGAAAAUCGGCAUCAACCGUGCAAAAAAUAAAUGAUGAGCCUGCACAAGCAAACAGCGACAACUGCUCAAACACAGAUAAUUCAACCUUGAAAGGGGCCGAAGAUUUUAACGACGACUUUUUCGACAGUCCCGCGAAUCAAAAGCUGCAAUCAAACAAAUCGGCGAUGUUGAACCGUUAUCUGAAGAAUGUGUGUCAAAGGAAGGACCUUGAACUGAAAAUAAAGAACAAUAAGUUUUUUCAAUUCAAGCUUCGAAUGGAGAAACAUUUUCCGAGUAUUAUCUUUCCUUUGAAAGAGGUGUCGGAGUCGUUCCAUGUGUCGGCGGAGCGAAUGUCGCGGCUCAUUGACAAAGAGCUGAUUGAGAACAAAAGGUUGUCGGUGCGACUGUUGACGGCGGACGAGCCGUCCUACUUCGACAGCUUCGAAGAUAACGUGGCCAUAGAGUGCAAUGAAAAGCUCAGGCUACAGAUCUUCUCUUACCCUAACGAGACUUUGAACAGGAUGAUGAAAGUAAAGUCACCGUACAACAUGGAGGACGGUUCGUGGACGCCCCUGCUGGUGUUCAUCACUGACUACGCACUGUAUGUCGCCAGCGUGAAGCCUGGAGGCACUGAGUAUGAUAUCUUGUGCCGACUGCCGCACAAUGAAUUGGAUGCAAUUGUGGUGGGCCCAGAAGCACAAUACAUCCAGAUCCUAGACAUAGCCGGCAACAUAGCCUGCUCCAUCAUCACCGGGGAAUCCUCGCUCGGGUCCCGUCUCGCGUCGUCCCUGGAGUGGAGCGCGCGCACCUCGCCUCUGCGGAUCCAGCGCCCGCCCGCCAUGAUACCGCUCGGCUGCAGGGACCUGGCUGCGGCAGUGGCCAGGCAGAGGCAUGAGAAACGGGUACCACAAAUCCUGUUCUACGGUCGGGUAUGUUCUGGUGACGCUGGUGACCGGUUAAUAGAGGCGCCCGGAGCCUUCGCCCCGCCGCUGGAGGGGUACCUCAUGUGCAGGACCGAUAGGAGCCGGCGGUUUGAACCUUGCUACUUCUUGUUAAGGGCGGGAGUCCUCCACUGGGGCCCGCACUCGCCAGACGGCACCUCCCCCCUACCACACAACAUCGCGCUCCGCUCCGUGCUCGGGGUACGGAGGCACCUGGACUCGUCGCGUCGGCCGCACUGCUUCGAGAUCGCGCUCGCCGACAACUCGCGGCUGCUGCUGGCGGCGCCUGAUGAUGCUACGGCUUCGUCUUGGUUGCAGAGUCUGUUACUACAUGCUGCUCAGGCCCUAGAAGAGAAGGACGGCGCUAAGAAGACAGUGGAGAGGCCGGGCCCGCCGGCCGCCUGCACGCUGCUGGUCACGCCCACGGAGGUGAUCUCCGUGCGCGACACGCUGGACCUGGCCUUCGUCACCGGCGCCGCCGCCUACCUCAAGGACCGCGGCUCUGAGGCCUUGCUCAAAGAAUAUAUAGAAGAAAUGAGGACGGACAUCGAGAUUCUAGCAUGCGGUUCCAUCAAGAAUCUGACGGCUUUCAAGAUUCCAGACACCGACGAAAAUUGGUGUUGUUUGGAGUGGAGCGUGUGCGAGGCCCGCGAGCGCGGCGCGGGGCUGGCGCUGCUGCUGGCCAGCAGCGCGGAGCUGGAGCGGCUCAUAGCGGCGGUGGAGAGGGCCUUCUGCGCGCUCACCUGCGAACCGUUCCCGCUGAGCGUUGUGGAGGCCACGAAGUCGGCGUGCAGCUCAGCGCACUCCAAGUACGAGUCGGCCUGGUCACACAUGCUGCCGCAGCAGUAAGG